UAACCGCAACAAGCGUUGCCACCGAUCACAUCAUUAAGUCCCAAUCCGAAAAUCGCACCUGGGAAAGCACGACACCGCCAUUUGCCCAUUCCCAGUUCCCAUCUUGCUUUAUUAUUGGACAAUACCGAACAUGAUCACGACUGUUUACGCACUAAACAAAUCCAACAUAUCCGAAAACUCCGUCAUAAUUCAUCACCCCAGCCAAGCUGUUAUGGACCAUGAACAGCUGACAAACAAACCCCCUCUUGAUUGAAUCGAUAUUAGAUUAGCAUUUCUUGUUAUAAUGCUACUAUAUUCUUCACAGCACAAAUGCUACGCUUUCGAUUAUUAAGUUUCUCUCUAUCUCCAAUCUCAUCAUCAUCAUCUCCAGUUUUUAAGCCUCAUACGCGGAACCGUUUUCUUUUCUUGAAUAAGCUAAGUUCGCAAAUGGGUUCUUACACAACGGCGUCCGAGUCUCAAUUAUCAGGCUCAAAGAAGCUUCUUUUCCGGCAGCUUUUUGAGAAGGAUUCUUCUACUUACACCUAUCUCCUUGCUGAUGCUUCUCACCCUGAUAAACCUGCCCUGUUGGUUGACCCAGUAGAUAAAACAGCAGAUAGGGAUCUAUCUCUUGUUAAAGAACUUGGUUUGAAGCUUAUCUAUGCUAUCAACACUCAUGUACAUGCUGAUCAUGUUACCGGCACUGGCUUGAUCAAGAGUAAGGUUCCAGGGGUAAAAUCUAUCAUAUCUAAAGCAAGCAAUGCACAAGCUGAUCUUCUAAUUGAACCUGGUGACAAAGUCUAUUUUGGUGAUCUGUUUCUUGAGGUUCGUGCUACACCAGGUCAUACAUUAGGUUGUGUGACAUAUGUUACUGGGGAUGGGCCUAAUCAACCUCAACCAAGAAUGGCUUUCACCGGUGAUGCUCUAUUGAUUCGUGGAUGUGGUAGGACAGAUUUUCAGGGUGGAAGUUCCGAGACUUUAUACAAAUCAGUACAUACACAGAUCUUUACGCUGCCAAAAGAUACAUUGGUGUAUCCUGCUCACGACUAUAAGGGAUUCACAGUUAGUACUGUGGGAGAGGAGAUGAAGUAUAAUCCUCGCUUGACCAAGGAUGAGGCCGGAUUCAAAGGCAUCAUGGAGAAUCUGAACUUGCCAUACCCAAAGAUGUUGGACGUAGCAGUCCCUGCAAACAUGCUUUGUGGAUUGCAAGAUGUGGAAUCCAAAGCCAAUUAAAGUUUUUGGUGAGCAUAUUACCAUUCCCUCGGAGGACUUUCUCAUCCAAGUGCAGGAUUUCACAUGUGAAUAAGGAAGAGUGAAAACAUCUCUGCUACUCGGCUGCAUGCCAACCAAUGUGUCGCCUGUAGCAUUCUUGAAAGUGGUGUACUCAAACUGUAAUAAUAUUACGCAAUAAUAGGUCCAUGAUUUUACUGGAAAAUGGUGGAAUACGCAAAAAACACAUCUAACAUGCUUGUGCUUAAACUUUUGGCAAAGGGGUCUGUAAAUAUGCUGAAUUCCUGAAUAAUACU